AUAGAUAAUAAAUACACUUAUUAUUUAAGAUAUAAUUAAGCCACAAGCCAUGAAAUUAUUUAAAAAUAACUUUUUUUACGCUCGAACUAUCUGCAAUAUUUCGUAAAAAUGGAAACGACAAAUCAUCCAACUGAUCCUAGAAGCAAUAUUUCCAAAUUAGGUUCAUAUGACCCCGAAAAAUACGUCUUGGACAAUGUUUCAUCGACAGUAUUGACUGAUGAAAGCUUAACCCCAGGCCGACCUCCUUGUUUAACCCAGAGGACAAUUGGAAAAUUUUUACAGCCACUCACGCGAGAACUUGCCGAAAUACCGCCCAAGCCUACUAUCGAUGAACUGCCGGGUCCGGUGAUAGAGAGAAUGGUGCAGAAAGACAAAGCUUUUUGGGUUGACAAACCAGGAUCGAAUGCUUACGUUCUCCAUGAUGCUUAUAACAGCUAUGGAAUGACGACUGAAACUGUUAUACCACAUCAUCAAGAUGUAUUUCCUCGUUCGUAUCAAUACGACCUGGAUUGUAUAAAAUAUCGUCGCGAUCAUGCUUGCGAUGGAUUAAAACAAAAACAUAGUAACAAGCCAAUACGUGCUCAAUGCCGAGAUUGUACCAAAUUAAAUGUGCCAGGACUGAGUCCAUUUCAACUGGCCUGGGCAAAAGAUCCAGGGCAAAAGCGGUGGCGCGACUAUCCCGAUGUCGCUGCUAACAUGACGAAAGAAGAAAUACGUUUAUUAAUGACAGAGGUAGGGCGUCCAUUUCAAAACGAAGCUUGCAACUGGUAUUACGAGAAUUAUCCACCUGUUACAUACGAUUGUAUUUUGCGGAAAUUUUCGAAAUAAAAUUACUGACUUGGA